GUUUCACUGUGUUAGCCAGGAUGGUUUCGAUCUCCUGACCUCGUGAUCCGCCCGCCUCGGCGGUGGAUUACGAAGUGCUGGGAUUACAGGCGUGAGCCAUCGGCCCCAGCCCCAAAUUGUUUUUUGUUAACUAGUAAGAUUUGUAGUGAUAGCAUGUGAUGAGAUUUUAGAAUGGAUUUGGAUCGUGAAAGCAAAGCCUCCUUAUUGCAGUUUUAAAGUGUUUUUGAAAAACAUCAAUCAUAGACAAAAUACUAUGUACUAGACUUAUUAGCCUGUCUUCCCCCAUUGCUGCAUUGGUAAUAAAAAUUAAUAGCGUUGGUGUUUUUUUUUUUUCUUUCCCUUCUCAUGUAGUUAGUUCUCUAUUUUAGAUAAGUGGGAUAAUGGAUAUGUCUAAGGCCCAUAGUCUUUAUUUCUCUAAAUUUACGUAGCUUCACAUUCAUUUGGGAAAAGUGCUGAAGUCACUGUCUGUCUAGCAACAGAUGGUGCUUUGAGGUUGGACACCUGGUGUACUUUUUGAAGACUAAAUAUACUACUGCCUCUAGUGCAUUAAUGUUCAGUGAUCUAAAGAGCUAAAUUUCGAAGAAGAAUAUGAAAACUUACCUUGGAAGAGGUUGUACACCAGUACUGACAGCAGACUGCUGCUUUGUGAUUCGGAAAAUAGUAAAUGUUUACUUUUUCUUUCCAGUUGCUGUCAUCCUCACCUAAUCGUAUUCCUAGUAGCAGACUGCAUCAGAUCAAAAGGGAAGAAGGCCUGGAUGUGAUGAACAGAGAAACUGCACAUGAAAGGGAAAUGCAAACGGCAAUGCAGAUAAGCCAAUCAUGGGAUGAGAGCUUGAGCCUGAGUGACAGUGAUUUUGACAAGUCGGAGAAAUUAUAUUCUCCUAAGAGAAUUGACUUCACUCCAGUUUCUCCAGCACCUUCACCCACCAGGGGAUUUGGAAAGAUGUUUGUGAGCAGCAGUGGGUUGCCACCAAGUCCAGUUCCCAGUCCAAGACGAUUUUCAAGCAGGAGAAGUCAGAGUCCAGUCAAGUGCAUUAGACCCAGUGUUCUCGGUCCUCUUAAAAGAAAAGGUAUGUAGCAGCAUGGUGACUAUAGUUAGUGCUACUGUGUCAUAUACUUGAAAUUUGCUAAGAAAGUAGAUCUUAAGUAUUUUUACCACACACAUACAAAAGGUAACUAGGUGAAGCAAAAGAUGUGUUAAAAACUUGACUGUGGGCUGGGCACAGUGGCUCAUGCCUGUAAUCCCAAUACUUUGGGAGGCCAAAGCAGGUGGAUCACC